AUGUUGAGUGAGAAUCUCCAAACCGAAUCUCCCAGCAAUGCAACUGCAUUCGAUACUGGUAUAGUCAGACAAACACCAGAAGUCGAGAAUUGUGUCUCAGAUGUGACGCUACCCUCGAAGCUUUUUGAGAACUGCUUGAAAACAGACACAGCCGCUGUGAAAUCCAACGACUUGUCUAUUACAGAUGCGUUCAAUCUGAUUCGAUCAAAUCCGUCAUCUACCGUUGAGCUUCCUUCAUCUUCCACUGAAGAAGCUAGUGCGCCAGAUUUUGUACCGACAGAUGAUUCCGGUUCUGUGUCAGUUACCGGAGAUCACGUAACAGAAACAGACUGUGCCUCACUUCAUGAUGAGGUGACAGACGUUGUGGCUGAUGCAGUUCCUUUGACCCGGGUUGACUGGCUUCAUUCCUCACCAAAGCUUCUGGCCUAUGCGGAGAAAGAUUAUCAACUGCGGCCUCCAACGCAUUCUUCCGAUAACUACCUUCGUGGUUGCAUGUGGUCUCCUGAUGGCUCAUGCAUACUGACCAACAGUCGGGAUAAUGUGCUUCGUCUGUUCAAUUUACCCAAUUCGCUGUUCGCCGAGAAUUCCACAAAUGGCACUACAGUGUCAGAAGAAAUGACUGCCGUGCUCACAAUGCGUGAUUGUGAACUGAUCUACGAUUAUGCUUGGUAUCCGGCUAUGCGUUCAUCUGACCCGGCCACGUGUUGGUUCAAAUUUGAGGCCAUGCACGAUUAA